CGUUUCAAGUGGAGAGACUACCUCGCGGUGUCUUCAAGUGUCAUGCAUGCAUUUUGUGCAUCUGUUUCCUCUGCAUGCAAACACUCUCUCUCUCUCUCUCUCUCUCUCAAAACCCUCUCUCUUUAUAUAUAUAUAUAUAUGUCUACUCUCUCUGUCUCAACCUCCCAUCCCCACCUCUCAAAAACCUCAAUCGCAAUCUCAAUCACCGUCACCGACUCCACUUCUCUGUCGCAGAUUCUCUUCAAAAUUUGGUACUCUGUUUUUUCCGGAGCAAAUCAAAACCAGAACACACACACCGACUCUAUUGUAGUCAUGCUUAUCUGCAUGUGAUUGUCUCAUCCAAGUUCUCAUUCCAUAGAUUACUACUAGGUUUGAUUUGGGUCAAAUGGCAAAGAUUUUGCAUGAACAAAGCGUGCCAAGCGACGACGACGUUUCAAUGGAAGGAAGGUUGGGGUUUGAAAUCCGGUGCUUUUGCUACUCUCUGUUUCAACUGCGGAUCUGCAUAUGAGAAUUUACUUUACUGUGAGAUGUUCCAUUUGGAGGAAUCUGGUUGGAGGGAAAGCAGGUUAUGUCGAGAGCGUAUCCACUGUGGAUGCAUUGCUUCCAAGUAUUUGUAUGACUACUUGGAUUUUGCGGGCAUAGGGUGUGUAAGCUGCACAAAGAGUUUGGAGACUCGCUCAAUAAGACCUAUUCAGAUUUCAAACAAUGAUAUUUCUCAUGGGUUUGGCCCAUUCACAGCAAACAACAUCGGUGAUCUGCAAUCCUCUUACGUUGAACAUAGAAUGGGUGGCAUCAGCCUUGACAAGGAGAAAUUUACGCAGUUGAGCAAAUCUAUGAAUGCAAAUGAGCUCAGCCAUUGCCCUCAAACUCAGAGGGGUGAUACUAAUGCCUCUAUUGAGCAAAUCCAACGAGAAUAAAUUGUAUUUCCUAAUGGGGAAGUUCGUGCAGGCUUUCCAGAUCUGAUACGGCGAUCUGUUGGAUCAUCUAUUUUUGCUAUACCAAAAACUAACAGGCCAAUACUAGGGGAAAAAGAUAUGUAUAAAUCA